UUUCUUGGUGGGUUUGUUGUUCUUGAUCAUCAUUGGUCGAGCACGCACAUGUCUUCUUCUUAACCUAACAACCUUAAUUUCUGCCCAGCCAGAAAAGGCCAAGCCAAGGCUGAAUUGCUCGAUCUGACGCCAGACUCACUGACACGAUCACCUUAAAGCAUGUGGAGUGCGUGUGGGGGGCUGAGUCGGCCCUCGCGGGCCUGGCUCUCUGGUUGGACCUCGGGGCGGGCCGUAAGUCGCCGCUCGUACGCCGCGUCCACGGGCACUGAGGGGCCCAUCAUCGACGUGCGGAAGAUGCGUAAUAUCGGUAUAUCGGCCCAUAUUGACUCGGGCAAGACCACCCUCACCGAACGGAUCCUAUUCUACACGGGUCGGAUUGCCGCCAUUCACGAGGUCAAGGGCAAGGAUGGUGUGGGCGCCACCAUGGACUCCAUGGAGCUAGAGCGACAACGCGGCAUCACCAUUCAAUCCGCUGCCACGUACACUCUCUGGAAAGAUCACAACAUCAAUAUCAUCGACACCCCCGGGCAUGUUGACUUUACCAUUGAGGUGGAACGCUCGUUGCGCGUGUUGGAUGCGGCUGUUUUGGUUCUCUGUGCCGUGGGCGGGGUUCAAUCCCAAUCGAUGACUGUCAAUCGACAAAUGAAGCGAUACGGUGUACCUUGUUUAUCGUUCAUCAAUAAGCUGGAUCGCAUGGGGGCCGAUCCUUUCAAGGUGUUGAAGCAAUUGCGAGCCAAACUCGGCCAUAAUGCCGCCUUGUUGCACUUGCCCAUCGGGAAGGAGUCGCAAACCCAAGGUAUCAUCGACAUUGUCAAUCACAAAGCCCUCUACUUUGAUGGUGAUUUCGGGCAAGAGGUGCGCGAAGAAGCCAUUCCCAGCCAGUUUCUCACGCAAACGCAAGAUUACCACCAUGAACUGGUUGAGAAUUUGGCCAACUGUGACGACCACAUCGGCGAAAUCUUUCUCGAGGAGAAAACGCCCACCACGGAAGAGAUUCACGCGGCUAUUCGCCGAGCUACCCUCAAGCGAGCAUUCACGCCCGUGCUUAUGGGUACGGCCUUGAAGAAUAAAGGCGUCCAACCCCUCUUGGACGCUGUCAUAUCGUACUUGCCCAACCCGACGGAAAUUGAAAACUUUGCCAACGACCCCUCCAAAAUCACGGUGAACGCCGAAGGCCAAGAAGUCGCCCAGAAGGUCCGAAUGAAUCCGGAGCGGAGCAACAAGCAUCCGUUUGUCGGACUGGCCUUCAAGUUGGAACAAGGGAAAUUCGGCCAGCUUACCUAUGUCAGAGUGUACCAAGGCUCGCUCAAAAAGGGCGACACCGUGUACAACACCCGCACGAAUAAAAGGACCCGCAUCCCGCGCUUACUUCAGAUGCACUCGGACAAGAUGGAGGAUAUAGCUGAGGUGUUUGCCGGCGAUAUUUGCGCCUUCCACGGGCUAGAUUGCGCCUCUGGUGAUAGCUUUGUCACAGACAAGGGAGUGACCUUGAGCAUGGAAUCGAUCCACGUGCCAGAUCCCGUGAUAUCCAUGUCGAUCAAACCGGCCAAUCCCAAGGACAGUGAUUCCUUUUCCAAAGCCGUUCAGCGUUUCACCAAGGAAGACCCCACCUACUCGGUGUGGUUUGACGAUGAUGUCAAGGAGACCAUUGCCUCGGGGAUGGGCGAGCUCCACCUCGAGAUCUACGCUCAACGCAUGGAACGCGAAUAUAAUUGCCCCGUGGUCAUGGGCAAGCCCAAAGUGGCCUUCCGAGAGACCUUGCUCGAAAAGACCAAAUUCGAUUACUGGCAUCGCAAGCAGACCGGGGGUCGAGGCGAGUAUGCUCGUGUGAUGGGCUUUUUCGAGCCUUUGGAUACCGCUUCCAAUACGGUCAACGAAUUUUUGGACAAAACCAUCGGGACUAACAUUCCCAAGCCUUUCGUACCCGGUGUCAAGAAGGGCUUCCUAGACUGCUGUAAGAAAGGUCGUCUCGCUGGCUUCAAGAUCGUAGGCGUGCGCAUGGUGCUCGAAGAUGGAGCCUCGCAUGAAGUGGACUCGUCGGAAUGGGCUUUUUACCAAGCCUCGCAAUUCGCCGUUGACGAUUGCUACGACGACGGGCCGUGGCAAGUGCUCGAACCGAUCAUGUUAGUUGAAGUUGUGUUACCCGAAGAGUUCAAGGGUAACAUUCUAGCCACGCUGAGCAAGCGGGAAGCUGUCAUUCUCAAUAUGGAGGGCGACGAAGGCUGGUUCACGCUCACCAUGGAGGCCCCGCUAAAUCGCAUGUUCGGGUUUUCCUCGGAGUUGAGGUCGUUGACGCAAGGGAAGGGCGAAUACACCAUGGAGUACUCCCGUUAUGCUCCAGCUACGCCGGAGGUCCAGAGUCAAUUGGUCAGAGAGUAUCAAAAGUCAUUGGAGGAGGAGGAGGCGGCAAAAUCGAGUGGGGGUGGUAAGAAGAAGAAAAAAAACUGAACGCAAUGGGCUCCUUCAUAUUAGCUCUACCAAUGAAUGAUCUAGCCUCAGCCACGGGUCGGUUGUUUUAACGUGACUUCCUUGGUGCGGGCGCAAAUAUUGUUGUUUGUCUCUUAUGUGAAUACUAUCAUAAAUUGAACUAAUGA